AGCACCCGCGGACUCGCCUCCGGGACCCGCACUGGAUCUCCCAGCAACCUCUGCUUCCAGUGCGCUCUCCGGGGACACAGAAGAAUCACCUUAGGGCGGAUUCAGACGGCUUUGGCCGCUCAGACCCCCGGGGGUGAGGCUGCGUCGUCAAUGCACGCGCACUGGCACUCAACCCGGUUUGUUUUGCGCCCUCAUGACGCGCCGGGACGCGCAGAUGGAGGAUUCGGGACGCCUUUGGAAAUCACGGACAUUUGAGAGCGUGCAGCUGCCGGCGUGCGAUGCGAACUGAGCCGUGGGUGGUUGUAGACCCCCGCCGCGAGCCCCGCGCACCCCCUCCGCCUCAGCUCCGAACCCUGCCCUCGAACCGGGACGCACGGCCUCGUCUCUCUCCACCGCGGGAACAUGUCCCGGGCCGCGGCUAUCGCCAGCUCUCUGAUCCGCCAGAAGCGGCAGGCGCGCGAGCGCGAGAAGGCGAACGCGUGCCGCGGCAGCAGCAGCCCGAGCAACAGCAAGGGCGCAAACGACAAGCCGAGCAAGCUCAACGUGUUCUCGCGCGUGAAAUUGUUUGGAUCGCGGAAGAAACGGAAGAGAAGGCGCCCCCCAGAGCCCCAGUUAAAGGGCAUAGUGACCAGACUCUCCAGUCGCCAGGGCUUCCAGCUCCAGAUGCAGCCUGAUGGCACCAUUGACGGCACCAAGGAUGAAGACAGCACCUACGCCGUGUUCAACCUGAUCCCGGUGGGGCUGCGUGUGGUGGCCAUCCAGGGCGUCCAGACCAAACUGUACCUGGCCAUGAACAACGAAGGAUUUCUCUACACCUCUGAACAGUUCACGUCGGAGUGCAAAUUCAAGGAGUCUGUGUUUGAGAACUACUACGUCACCUACUCCUCCAUGGCGUACCGGCAGCAGGCCUCGGGCCGGGCCUGGUACCUGGGUCUGAACAAGGAGGGCGGCAUCAUGAAGGGGAACCACGUCAAGAAAAACAAAGCUGCUGCACACUUCAUACCGAAACCACUCAAAGUGGCCAUGUACAGGGAGCCGUCCCUUCAUGACCUCACAGAACUCUCGCGCUCCGGCAGCGGCACGCCGACCAAGAGCCGCAGCGCCUCGGCUCUGCUCAACGGCGGAGGCAAGUCGCCCAGCAACAAUGACUUAUCCUAGCCCCCCCCACCAACACCAACACACACGCACACCCCCCGCACCAACUACAAGCGAAGCACAUAGACAUACGCUGACAAACAGACACACACCCACAGAUCUCAGGCCAGUUGCCCACACGUCCGGAUGGGGAGGGGCCACAGGAAUGUGUUCUUCCACUUAACGGAGCCCACUGUGACUGACUGUGAUGUAAAUAAAUCAAGGACAAUCAACCCGUCUGGUUCUGCUCCGGUCUGCGGUGGGACUGGACCAGUGAAUCUCCUCUCUUGACUCCUCUUCCUGUUAUAUUAAACGUAGAAAGGAGGGAGGGCGAGAGUCAGUCAGUCAGUCAGUCACACGCUGAGAUAAACAGACUGUUACAGAGAACCAAAGAGUCCAAGUAUUCACUGGCUUACCUGCUACGAGGGACACGGAGCGACACGGAGCGAGCGACCACUGUAAUUAUUCUACUGUACGCUAUGUUUACACAGAGCUCAUGGGGUUAAGUCAUAUUUUUAAACGUGACGACAGUAUUCCUUGUACACUUACGACGAUUGUUCAUUUGUCUGCAUGCAGGUGCGCCUGUGUGUGUUUGAGUGAGUGGUGGAGAGAGAACACGCUGUGCUUGCAGUAGGUGUGUGUGUGUGUGUGUGUGUGUGUGUGUGUGUGUGUGUGUGUGUGUGUGUGUGUGUGCGUGUGUGUGUGUGUGUGCGUGCGUGCAUGUGUGUGUGUGCGUGUGUGCAUGUGUGUGCGUGCGUGCGUGCGUGCGUGCGUGUGUGUGUGCGGUGCGUGCGUGUGUGUGUGUGUGUGUGCGCGUGUCGCUGAGUUGGGGGGUUUUAUCUUUUUCAGAUCUGUUGUAUAUCAGACCAACCUCCCGAGGGCUUUAGCAGGUUUAAAAUAAGGUUUACUGUAUAUGCUUCCAUGCCUACUUCUUACAAGCAAUGCUGUUGUUUAUCUUUCCGUUUGUUGUUGUGUCCCUUGCUGUUUGUUUGUUUGUUUGUUUGUUGUUGCAUGGAAGCUUGUGGACCUCUGCUCAGUAGCAGCAUGCUGAAGGUCCUUUUUUUCUGGUCUUACGUGUUCCUAAUGAAGCAAGAGCACUUGUGAGCCAAUAGUCAUAUACCACAACACUAGUGAACUAAUGUGAGGGUGUUAGACCACAACUGGACCAAUAGUAUUGCACCAGAACAUGAGUGGACCAAUGGUGUUGGACCAGAACUCUGGUGAACCAAUGGGAGCACAGCUUCAUUUAAUGUUUUGGUUCCUGCUGUGGACAGACUAGAAAUGCACUAAAUAAAUUAUUUCUAAAGAAGUUAAA